AUGGAGCAUGGAGCAUGGAGGAUGGCAAAUAAGAGGUGUCUUUUGCUUAUGAAGAAGACUAUUUCAGAAGUUGUUUUUGGUGGAGUUGAAGAAACAAAAAGUGCCAAGCAGUUCAUGGAAUCCAUUGAGAGGAAGAUUAAGGAAUCUAACAAGGCUGAAAUGAAGAACCUCAUGUCCAGGCUGACUAAUAUGAAGUAUGAAUGA